AUGAAUAUUAAUAACGCAGCACAAUAUACCAUAACAAUAUGGAUUAUAACAAUUUUCUGUACAUUGAUACAUGGUCAUUGUCCAAUCAUUCGAACUUAUUCUAAUAAUACCGGUGUGUUACUAUUUAAUAAAACUGCAAUGGCAACAUCAUCAAAUUGUCAGUGGUUAGUUGCUGGUACACAAAAUCAAAGAAUUAUUGUACAAUUUGAUUACGUUUUAAUACCAAUAUCUAUAAAAGAAUUAAUUCAUAAUGGAUGUGCUAGAGGCGUAAUUGAACUUUGGACACCCGGUCUUGAAUAUGAAAAAGUAAAAAUAUGUGGUGAACGUAAAAAUGUUAGAAUUGGUGGCGUGGGCCAAACACUAUUGAUUGAACUGAAAAUAAGUGAUCCACAAUUGGAUGUUAAUUUUUUAAUGCACUAUAAAUUAGUUGAAAUUGAGCGUAGAAUCGUUGAGCACACCAUCGAGCAUCAAGAAUCCAACAAAGAUAGAAAAUUUUAA